ACAACCAUUCAUAAACAAGCAGAGUGGAGAUGCGUCAUUGUUAAUUCUGGAAUUGUGAAAUAUUUUUUUAUAAACAGCGCAAAGCGUGUAUCCCAAGUUCGAUACUACAUCAACUUAUUCCAAUAAUUUAUAGCCCGGAGAACAAACAAAACAAUGUCAGGAACAUCGCAAAAAUAUAGAAAUUUUGUGGCAGAACCUAUGGGCGAUAAGCCGGUCACGGAUUUGGCGGGUAUUGGUGAAACAUUGGGUGGUCGUUUAAUUGAAGCUGGCUUCGACAAGGCAUACACAGUAUUAGGCCAAUAUCUGGUCUUAAAAAAGGAUGAGGAAUUAUUCAAAGAAUGGAUGAAGGAUACAUGCAAUGCCAGUUCAAAACAAGCAUCGGAUUGUUACAACUGCCUCAACGAUUGGUGUGAAGAGUUUUUGUAAAUAUUUUGUGCAUUCUUCCCUUUUUUGCGUGUGCAAACACCGCCAACUUAUUUUAAUAGUAUGUUCUCCAACUAAUUCCAUGUCAAAGAAUCUUCUAAUAUUUUGUAUUUGUUAGUUUUUAAUUAAUAAAAGUAUAAAAAAUUUAUAUAA